AUGGAUAAAACUUACAUAUCCAUUUUGAUGUUUAUUCAAACACAAAUCAAGAUCAUUUCCAAACCGAUAAAGCCAUCCCCUGAGCUUUUACACCAAUUAUCCACUAUUCAAGUAAACCCACCAUCACCCUUAAUUACCAGAAAAAAAUCAUCUAAAAAUCAUCUAAAAAUCACUUCAAAGCUCUCAGAACUCGAAUUGAAGAAAAUAUUAUUAAAACUAAACAGGUCCCUUCAGAAAAAUUAUAAAUAUGUCUUUUUGAAACAAGCAAAUCAUCAAAUUUCUUUACAAAUCCUAAAUUUUCAAAGAUUAACUCAAUUAUCAUCUAUUAAAUUCUUGUCAAGUUCGCUAAAUUUCAUGAAUAACAAUUUAGAUAAUCUUUUAAAUCUCAAUAACCAAAAUUUUAAAAAUAUAUUGUUGAUUCUCAAAAAUUUACCCAACCCAAUUUACUUGUCCUCUAAUAAAUUAUUCUCAAAGACCUCACUUGCUUUGUACAAAAAGUUAAGACUAUCUAUGAACUUAAAACGAAUAAAAUUAAUUCAACUAUUACAAAAAUUACAAUUUUAUAAAAAUCUAAUACAACUAGUUAAAGAUAACUUUAAUUCCUUUUCUUCAAAUAUGAAUGGACUCUCAGGUCUUCAAAAUCUACAAAAUAAUUUGAUUACUUCACAAAGCACUUUAUCCAAUGAAAUAUCAAAAUUGAGAAUCACUUUGUCACAAUUAUUGCCAAAGUUGAAUGAAAAAAUUAUUAAUUUUAAAAUAGAUGAAUUAAAUGGUAUAUAA